UAACGUUUUUUAAAUAAAUUUAUCUUAUCUUUAUAAACUCAUAAUACCUGCUCUUCAGCAUUUAUACGCUUUAUAUAUGAGGAUAGAUACGCUUUAUAUAUGAGGAUAGAAUUAAAUUAUUUAAAAGAGAUAGGUGUAUUGUAAAUGAUCUAAAUAGGUUAAGAAAUUCUGCAUACAGUUUUAUUAGCUUUACUAUUUUAUAUAUCAAGACAGAACUAUGAAAAUUGUAGCAUUACAUUCUGUUUUGUUUUUGUAUUUAAUCAUAUGUUUGAUACAUGUAAUGCAUGGAUUACAAAAACGAAGUCAUAUUUCAAGGAAUAUCUUAUUUAAUAACGCAGAAAAAGAUGGAAAGUAUUGGGAGACUUUAGGAAUCAGUCAAAUAAAAAAGGCAGCCUCCCAUGUACCGAACAAAAAUUUAGCAAAGAACAUUAUCUUGUUUAUUGGAGACGGAAUGGGCAUUUCUACAGUCACAGCAGCAAGAAUUUUAGGAGGCCAGAAAUUGGGAAAGCCAGGAGAAGAACAUAUCUUAAACUUUGAACAGUUUGAAGACGUUGCCUUGUCUAAGACUUACAUACUGGAUAGGACGACUGCAGACUCAGCUGCAUCAGCGACUGCUCUUCUCUGUGGUGCGAAAACAAAUUACCUUAUUGUUGGUAUGGAUGGUCAAGCAGUAUACAGCAACUGUAGUGAAUCAAUUAGAAAAAGCAAACAAUUAGAAUCUGUUUUGGACUGGGCACAAGCUGCAGGUAAAAGAACCGGAAUUGUUACUACAGCUCGGAUAACACAUGCGACACCCGCUGCGGCCUACGCCAAAACACCAAACCGAGACUGGGAAGGAGAUUCUGUUAUGACAAAUGAUGACACACCGUGCAAAGAUAUUGCAAGGCAGUUGGUUGAGGAUAAUACAAAUAUAAAUGUGCUUCUUGGAGGAGGUAGACAGUUUUUCAUACCAAAUACCAUGAUUGACCCUGAAUCUAACAAGACUGAUCAAAAUCAAAGGCAAGAUGGCAGAAAUCUAAUCACUGAAUGGAUGAAAGAGAAAGCACAACGUAAUGUUAGUCAUAGUUAUGUAUGGAACAGAGACCAGUUUUCGACCAUUGAUGCAAGCAACACUGACUAUCUACUAGGACUGUUUGAUCCAAGUCAUAUGGAUUAUGACAUAGAUAGAACAUCCCAUGGACCAUCAGGGGAGCCAUCGUUGGCUGAAAUGGUCACAAAAGCCAUAAACAUUCUAAACAAAGGCAAUGAAGGUUUUUUCUUGCUCGUUGAAGGUGCAAAGAUAGACCACGGGCAUCACUCAAAUCGACCAGAAUUAGCACUCAAUGAUGUAUUAGCGAUGGAUAACGCAAUUAAAUCAGCAAUCGGCGAAACCGACUUCAACGACACUCUAAUUCUUGUAACGGCUGAUCACUCCCAUGUCCUCGACAUAGCAGGUUAUCCAAGCAGAGGCUCUAACAUUCUAGGUCUAGCUGAGACAUUUGCCGGACCAAUCCUAGCUGAAGAUAAAAAGCCGUAUACAAUUUUACAAUAUAGCAAUGGUCCAGGAUAUUCAAUGUAUAGAAAAGACCUUACUGGUGUGGAUAUGUCUGUUGGUGCUAAAAGAUUUCCUUCUGGUAUACCUUUAUCAUCGGAAACACACGGUGCCGAGGACGUGUCAGUGUAUGCAAAAGGACCCAUGUCUCAUCUUGUGCAAGGUGUUCAAGAACAAACCUACUUCGCCUAUGUAAUGGCAUAUGCAGCAUGUAUAGGACCAUAUUCCACAGGUGUACUCAAAGCGGAGUGUUUGGAAGAUCGGACUUGAAAAAUACUUAGUUUAAACAAUAUUUUAUUUAUAAAUAUAACAUUUAUAUGAUAAAUGACAAAUAAUAAAAUUUUUGCUUGAAAAGCCUUUUUAGAAAGUCUAUCCGUUAGCAUUGUCUCAAAGAGUAUGUUAAAACGGUAACAAUUAUAUAGGCAUUUUUGUAUUAAAUAUACAUAACAGUUUUAUGAAAAAGACUUAGAAGCGUUUUGAUCACACCGUUUUUAUUUAUAUUUUAUGUAUACUUUUAGAAAUAACGAAUAGCAUAUUAUGUAAAGAUAAAUACAGUUUAUGGUAUAAAAAUAUAUAAUUUUUUACACAGGAACAUUGCAACUAAUAAGUUUCUCCUUCAAUGUCAAUUAACCGAAUCUAGUCUCUGUGUUUUUUGGUGUAUGGAUAUUGAAAGUAUAGAACAUCUAUUUUGGAACUGUCAAAUGGUUCAAAUAUUUUGGAAUAAUCUAUUCAAAUGGCUAAGUGAAAUAGCAAUAAAUGUAACGUAUGAUAAUUUUACGUUUCAUCUUCUCAAAAUAUUACAUUUAUACCAGUAAAUUAAAGAAUCAAACUCCAGACAUAAGUAUCAUUAAAAGAAAAUUUUCUUUUGAAUUGAAAAUUGAAUUAUUUGUUGCAUUACAGAAUGAUACAUUAGAAGACUUUGAAAAUUGCUUGAUAAAUCAAAUUGAUUUGUUUAAUAUGUAACAAAAAAAACAUGCAUGAAGAAAUGUUACCUUUUCUUGUGUAUUUACAGAAAUGAACCUCUUAACUUUAUUAAAUGUCUUUAAAAAUUCCUGACUUAAACAUCACAAAAAUGUUAAUUAUUAAUUAUCUACGUAUCAAUUUUAAUGCUAUAGUUACAAGUUUGUUUGUAUGUAUGCAUUCUUUUCUUGAAAUAAACGGGCCUUUAACUAGGUUCCAAAAAAUUAGCU